AAGCAAUAAUUUCUCCUUCUCUCUGGUUGCAUCCUUGCAACCAUUGAGAAAUACUGUGAGAGAUGUGAUUGAUCACAGCUUGUCACAUGGUACAAGGCUGUUGUGAUCAUUCACAGAUUUCACACGUAGUAAGCAAUGAUGUCAGAAAGGACACAGCGGAACACCAAUCGCUGUACGGGACCUCUGUGUGAGGUCCUGAUUCAUGUGAUCACUGAUUGGCCAAUCAGUGAUCUAAUGAAUAGUAGUAAACAAGAUGUCACUUCCUGACAUC